GAGCAAACAAUUGGUUUCGGUCGUAGCCAUGGGGCAGAUCUGCUGCGGCGGUCGCGGGAAGGAGUCGGAACCUGAAAGCAGGUCCCCGGCGCCUGAGAAGUUCCGAGAGCUGCGACAACAAACGGGCUCGGAAGCCUCCGUGUCGGUAAAGAGGGCCUACUCCGAGGCAUCUGGUGAUUCCGACUUUGCGAGCAUGGCAUCUACUGGCAUGGGUCUCGCCGGCAACGUUUUUUCCCAGAUGGCCAAGGCCCGGAGCUCGCCAGCGUCCAGCCCCCGGGGCAGGGUGUCGGCGGUGGCCAAGGACGCGUCCCUCAACGAGACAGGCUACAAGUUGGUUGCCGGCAUUCGAGACAAGGAUGCCAUGACGCUAUUCAUUGAGCGGCUGAUUUAUUCCAAGGGCGGCAGCGUCUCGGGAGAGGGUGCCUACGCUGAGCUGGCAGGUAUUGCUACCUGGCACAGCAGCGACCGGCCCCUGGCAAGCUUUCAACUGCUGGAAGAAGAACUGGAGAGGGCCGCCUGGGCCUCCAUCCCGCAGGAGAAAGGCUUUUACGAGUGGUCUGGCGAUGCGCCGCGACCAGAGACUACGUCAGAGUGGUACUUGGAUGGCGCAGCACAAGAGUCCAGACAUGGCGGCAAGCAGCCGGAGACCACGUCAGAGUGGUUCAUGGACAACGUCAUGAAGCGGAGCUCGGAAGGCCAGCCUCGGGCCCGGGAAGAGUACCAGAUCGGCACCUUCACGACCUGAUGGGCGCUCAGAUUUGCUUGAAGGAUGUGGUUGUGUGGCAAAGCCGAGCAAACCCUGACGAAUGCGUACAUGGUCCAAGCAGUCCCUUGCUUUGACACACGCGUACGUGUGCAAAGGGCUGAAGCCCGCAUCUUUGGUCACUUUUCCUUGAAAAUGCCGUCUCAGAGCACGACGCGAAGUUGGUGGUUCUUUCGUUUGGUUGGACUAACUCGCAAAGUUCCACGGUCUGGCAGUG